GUUUUUUUCCUUAUUUAGACACCUAAAAAUUUUUGUUAUAAAAUAUUUUUAUCAUAUAUUACCUACUUUUAAAAGAAAUUACAAUUGCAUGCCCAUGCAGUGUAACUGAUGCAAAUAUGGAAAGGAAUAAGCUUACGACUAUAAAACGUAAUAUUUUUACUAAAUAAACAGACUAUACUAGUAGCUGCUUGGUAUAUUGCAAAUACAUCACACACAAUGAUGAAUAUACACCGUUUCAGAUUACAAUUGCCAUGCUUUGCAUUGCUGACUGGAAAAUUUCCAGAGUUAAAUGUUUUGCAAGCUAGGCAUGCUGGCCAUUCUAAGUGGUCCAAUAUCAAAUUUAAAAAGAUGAUUAUUGAUAAUGCUCGAGCUAAAGUGUUUGGUAAAAUGUCAUUGGAAAUCAUACAAGCUGUAAAAGAAAAUGGUGCAGACCCUUCUCAUAAUUCUAAGCUAGAUGGAUUAAUUUUAAAGGCAAAGUCAAUAAGCAUGCCCAAAGAUAAAAUUGAAACUUCAAUUAAGAAUGCGUUAAGGAAUUCAACUGAGAAAAGAAGUAAGCUUCUCCUGCAAGCACGUGGUCCAGGAAAAUGUGGAUUGUUGUUGGAUGUCCUUACACCAAAUGCAGCAAGGUCAAAACACGAAAUUAAAGGCAUUCUUAAAAAGAAUGAAGUCACAUAUAUUGAGGAUGGAUCUGUUUUGUUUAUGUUUGAACAUAAAGGUGUGGUAGCAGUUGAUGGUGAUUCAUUGUCGAAAUCUGAAACAGAGGGAGUUAUAAAAGAAAUGAGUUUAAAAAAUGUUUUUAAGGCUGAGGAAAUUGCAAUUAUGAUAGAAGCAGAGAAUGUGUUAUUUGCUGACAAUGAUGGUAGAAAAGUUUUUCAGUUCAUAUGUGAACCAAUGGAAGUAAUUCGUCUACAGAAGCAACUUCAAAGUGAAUACAGCAACUUGAUCAUCCAAUCAGCUGAUGUACAAUAUCUUGCUAAAACACUGAUUGGUCUGCCCGACGAACUCAUGCACAAGACAGAUAAAUUAAUAAAUACAAUCAAUGAACACCCGGAUGUUUUGAAUGUGUACGACAAUGUGAUUGGUUAUCCAAGUAGUACAAUCAAAUUGACUAACCAUUACGAAGAGUUCACGUGAUGUAUAUGGUUGUGAUGAAAUUGUUAGUCAUUUUUAUAAGCCAAUACGAUGGACUAACUCUCUUUAUAUCGAAUAUUUCCAUAUCUCAAAAACAAAAUAUUUGGGUUGCCGGAUUUUCUCUGAAUCCUAUCUCGAACAAUGGUUCCCUGCGACUUCGAGACAGGGAGAGAGAAUUCAUUGCAAUUGUAAAUUUUGUAAAAAAUAGAUUCGUUAGUUUUUUUUGUCA